AGUAUUCAAAACUUAACCCCACAAUAAAGUAAGGUUAUCAAAUGUGAAAAAAUCGUAUUUUUUGAAAAUGUUUAGAAAAAAACUGGUACAACAAAUACUAAAUUUGCAAUGCAGCUUAAAGCAACAAAAUAAUUUAAAAAUACUGCCUGUAACAAGGUUUAUUUCAUCAAGACACAUUGCUAGUUUGAAUGUUUAUCGACAACCCAGUUUGAUUGAAAUAAACAAACCAUGUAUGAGUUUUACGAGGGAAUAUGCAAAAGGAAAAGACAAGAAAAAAGAGAAAGGGAAAGGCAAAGUAGAAGUAAAUGAAAACCAAAUAUCGGAAGUUAUAAACCUAGACACUCUCAAAAACAACAUGACGAAAGCAGUUGAUAAUCUCAAAGAUGACUUUGUUAAAAACUUAUCGUUAAGAUCAACAACUGGUUCAAUUGAGUCUUUACCUGUAAAUAUCGACGGUAAACAACAUACAUUGCAAGAAAUAGCUCAAAUAGUAAGAAAAAACCCUAAAACGAUUGUUGUAAAUAUGUCAGUGUUUCCUCAAGCAAUUAAAGCUGCACUUAAAGCUAUAGAGAAGUCUGGGAUGAACUUAAAUCCACAACAAGAUGGAACCACAUUGUUUAUACCUAUACCUCCGGUAACUAAAGAACACAGAGAAGGUCUAGCAAAAAACGCCAAAGUACUUUUUGUUAAAUCAAGAGAUUCCAUAAAAGAUGUGCAAAAUAAGUAUAUAAAACAAAUUAAGAGAAAGGAUGGUGUUUCACAAGAUAUUGCAAGAAAUAUUGAACAACAAAUAAUUACAAUUGGGGAUGGCUAUGUUAAACAGGCUGAAAUAAUAUUGGAUAGCAAAAUAAAGGAACUUUUAGGAAAAGAUUGAGACAA